UAUGGAAAAUGGUAAAUCUGAAGAGUGCAAUGUUGAAAUAAUUUCAACAAAUAUUAAAGUAAAUGGCGAAAGUGAUAAAGUAUUUAAAGCUACUGAAUUGAAUGCUGCUAAAAUUUGUUGUGAACGAAAGGAAACUGCUAAAUUAAAUGGACUAAGAAGUAGUAAAUAUCGAUAUGUUAUACUUAUUAGUUCAACUUUAAUACAAGGACUUAGUGCGUGUCUUUUUUCUUGCUAUGGAAUAUUAUUAAUGGCUAUUGUUGAAGCUACUGGACAAUCGAAUGCCCUCGUAUCAUGGUUUGGUGGUUUAUGGUCACUAUUACUUGGAUUUUCUUCACUCUUUAUAGGACCUCUUGCCGUUUAUUAUGGAAGUCGGAAAGUUGUUAUGUUUGGUUCUUUAGUCUCUGCUGCUGGAUUUGUAAUGAGCGCCUUUGCCCCCAAUAUGCUAAUAGUAGUAAUUGGAAUGGGAGCUUUUCAAGGAAUUGGGACGAGUUGCUAUCAGAUAGCACCGUUUCUUAUCACUUCUAAGUGGUUUGUAGAAAGGCGAGGGGGAGCUUUAUCAUUUCUUUCCUUUGGAGUUGGAAUAGGAAUGUUACUUUGGAGUCCUCUUAUCGCACUUCUUAUCGAAGCCUAUACGUGGAGGGGUGCUCUUCUCCUGAUGGGAGCUAUCUAUCUCAACGGUUUAGUAUUAGGUUUGCUCCUAAUCGAACCGACUAAUGACAAAGAGACAGCUCCGUUGUCUUUAAUAAAAGCCAUAGGUAGAAAUCUUGAUAAAAAACUUGUACGGACAAAAAAUUUCUUUAUUUAUUUGUCCGGUACGAGCUUGCUCUAUUUCGGGCAUAUGAUGGUUUUGGCAUAUUUACCCAGGAAGAUCGUUGAAAUUGGCAGAAGUCGUGUGGAAGGUUCAUUAAUGGUGACUGUCACUAGCGCUGUUUCGUGUUUAAUAAGAUUGGUUAUAGGAGCAAUUGCGCACAAAAAAUAUUUCAAACAGGGCAUAAUAUACUCACUAAGUUCAAUUAUGGCUGGCAUUGGUUCUUUUCUUACCUUAAGCUCAGACUCCCUUGGCUUUUACUAUGCAUAUUCAGCGAUAUUCGGAUUGACCUCAGGAUGUUACGUUGCCCUAACGGUACCCACCGCAGUUGAAGUAUUUGAAGUAAAGUACUUGGCUAAUAUAACUGCUUGGUCACUAUUGCUUGCUGGAGUAUUUAUGAUGGGUUCAACGACAAUUGGUGGUUGGUUAUACGAUUUAACAGGAAAUGCAACGUAUAAUUUCUUACUUGGCGGAGUAGCUAUGUUCAUAGCUGGCUUAUUCAUCGUGCUGUUAAUGUCAAAUCUAAAGAAAAAAAAGAAAGAGAGAAGAGCUUCAAUUACUCUGACAACAAAAUGA